AUGAGUUCCGAACAAGCGGAAAUACACGACAUAACUGCAGCUUUUGAGGGCGAACGACCUCUAAUACUUGGUGCCACUUUCGCUAGCGAGAAGACAAAUAGCGCUUACUAUAGGUUUCAUCUCGGCGAAUACAAGUUGAACGAUAUAAAUUUCAAACGGACGGGCAAAUUACAUUAUGAUGAUGGUGGUACAUAUCGUGCCGAGUAUGAAAGCUUGACGAAAUCUGCAGAUAAACAUAUACUGACUGGUAAGGUAAAUAACGAAGAAUUACCAAAAGAAGCGGGACGACAAGCUAUUCUGAUAUUCGAUGAAAAGACGCAGAACUGGACCCUUGAACUUCUUGACAAAACCAUCGCUUUUAAACAUCAAGACCAGAGCGAACUUCCAUCGCCUCAAGAUCGCAACUCGCCUCAACAUGAUUCGAAUUAUCGUCAAAUAGCUGAGGCAUUCGACAGGGAAAUGGACAACUUGGAUUCAUCUGACGACGAAGACGAAGUCGUUAAGGCAGGGGAGAAUAAUCUGAUUAAGAAAGAAGAUGUGCCCAUUGAGAACGGAGAUGAAUUUAAGGAUGUCUACAUCGAAGACGAAUUAGAAGAAGUUGAACAUCCUUUCAGGGCUAAUGAGCUACGACAGAGAGAUAGGACGAGUGGGGAGGAAGAUGAAGACGACUCUACCUUGUCUGCCGGUAGUACUUCAAGUGACGAGUCAGCCUCUGACGAUUCGGACGAUGAUUCAGAAGAAGAUCUAGCUAAUAUCCUGGCUGAAGUUCUGGAGAAUGAAAGCAAGAUCAACCACAAGAACAAAGAAGAAACUGGGAUUAAGGAAAAAUCAAGUAGUCGUACCACUGGAAAUAAGUCUGUCAAUCAACGAGUUAUAGAAAAUGCAAAACGGUCUGAGAGUUCAAAAAAUUCAGGAAAGCCUCGUGAAGGGCCGAUAUCUCUUGGGAGUUACUUGGGGGAGGAUGACGAGAAUAAUCAGGCUGAUGAUGGGAAUAGUAGUAGUGCUAGCAGUUCAUCUUUAUCAAGUGCUGAAGAUUGA